UUAUUUUAUUUUCUAAAUGGAAAGAAGCUUUCAGUGAUUGUUCAAAGAUGAUAUUUUCGUGAAUCAUGUACAUGUUUUUUAUGAAUUCAAAAGCUAUUAUUGAGAAUACUAUAUACCGGUAGUGAAAAUCGUUAAGCUAUGUUAUGUAUAAAAGUAUUAUAAUUGACGGCGAUGGCGUCUGAUGGAGAAAUUUCUUGUACGAAUGAUCCUAAUUUCGCUGUUAUUUACUCGUUCUUGAAAGUUUUUGGUGAAUUAUACAGCUUAGAUGUACCCACUAUAACUAAACUCCAGGAACUAAUCGAGAACACCCAAGAAGUGUUGGAUCCGCUGAAAGAGUUACACGUACGAUUAUUGCGGCGAGCGUUGAAGUCCGUUCAAAAUAAUCGAUGGGAAAGGUGUCUGAUAAAGUUUUGUCACCAGCAAGCACAUCAUCAGGAGGCGUGGGAAAUCGAGAGAUUUUCGUAUAAGAAAGCUAGCACUCAAGUUAAAUUAACCGUAUUAAAACUAUUGUUAGAAUACCAAUUCACCUGCCACCCAAAGUUUAAAAGUGCUGUCAAUGCAAUAUCAUGUAAGGAGCUCAGAUUAAGUCCUGUUGGGCGAGACAAGAAUGGAUGUGUUUAUUGGUUACAAGUUGAUCAUGAGGCUAACUUAUGCCUAUACAAGGAAGACCAAGAUGAGGAGACAUGGCAAUUGAUAGCAUGUAAUCGUGAAGAGCUGGUAAAAGUUAUAAAUCAGUUGAAGAGUGGAGAAGAAAUAACAGCUUCGGCUGUAUCUAAUAAUGAAGAUUCUAACAGUGCAGAUGUACCUCAAACUACAGAAGAUGAUAACCCUAUUAAAGAAACUGCAGGCGAAGAAGAAAAUGAAGAGUUUUUAAGUCCGGAAUCAGAAUCCGACCAUGAAAGUGAUAAUCAGAAACAACAGGAAAAAAUUGAAGAGUGUGAAGAGAAAAAGAGUGAUACAAUAGAUUUGAAAGAAGAAAUAAAAGAGGAACACCAGGAGGAGCCUAAACAGGAAGAUAAAGGCACAGAAGAAAGUUUUAGUUUAAGUGAAAAUAAAAAUAAUAAGGAUAAAUUAACAAAUGUGGAAGCUAGUGAUAUUAGUGGUGAAGAUAGUACUAGUAAACCUGUUGCUCCUGAAAAAAAAUCUUCAGAUUCAGAUGAAGAAGCAAAGUCUGCUGACCACGCAGAUGAAGAAACUAAGCCUGCAGACCAACCAGAUGCAGAAACUAAGCCUGCAGAAAAAACUGAAGAUGAGUUUGUGAGUGAAGCUAUUGAAGAGCCUGUUAUGGUUGUGACGGGUGAAGGCAAUGGUGCAGAUUGUGAAAGUUCAUAUUUUUUUGGGGAAGAGAUAGAAGAACCAGUUUUUUAUGUUUUUGGAGAUGGUUGGGGUGCAGACAAUGAUACAGGAAACCCUGAUGCAAUAGAAAAAACUGAACAUGACAAUAAAGAAGAAACUCCUGUGGAAGAAUGCAACGGUCAAAAUCACAAUUUAUCUAACUCUAGUAACUCUAGUAAUAAGAAAGUAAAAAAUAUAAAACUUAGAAGUAGUGUUGUAAAUAAGCGAUCAUUAAAAAAACAAUUAGAAGAUAGUACAGAAACACCAAAAUCAGAUCCUAAAAAGCAUUGUGUAAGGGAUUGUGAUAAAGCUAAUGGUUCUAAUUUGAAUGAAGAAAGUGAUAAAAGAGAUAGUAGUGUUACAGACAAAAGUAUUAAAGAUAGUAAAAAUGUACUUACUAAUAAAAGAAGGAAAAAACUUAGGAUUAGGAGUAAAGUUAAAAAAAAGAGUGUUUUGCAGAAAAACAAAAAAGAAGAUAGUGCAAUAAACUCAGUCUCUGAAAAUGAGAACUGUCAAAAUAGCAAAACCAGUAUUAUAGAAAAAAGGAAAAGUAGUUUAUCUUCCGAAAAUGACCAUUGUGAUCAGGAAAAUACGGAAAAUGAUGUUGAGAUGUCUUCCGAUAAAGAACAAAAAGUUGAAGACGACCUUCCAACUAAAAAGUUAAAGCUAGAAUCGUUAGAAGAUUCUACUGAGGUUGUAUCAAAUUCAAAAGAAGUUGAAAGCACUGAAGAUAAAAAAGAAAAUAAUGAUGAAAGUGAUGAAGCUAAAAAUGAAAAAAGUGAAGCCAAUGACAAUAUGGAAGUAAAUUCGGAUGAUCAAGAAAUUGCUAAGAGAAAAAAGAUCAAAGCACGGAAAGGAAAAGCAAAAUCUAAAAAGAUUUUAAGAAAGAGUGAUGAAUCAAAUAAAGAUAAGAGUAUUGUAAAAAAACAAAGCAGAGCUUUAAAAAGGAGUUUGUUAAAUACAACAGGUGAUAAGACUAAUGAAUCUCAGAGUGAAAGUGAAGAGGAAGAACCAAUUCAAGGAGGUAAAAGAUUAAAAAUGAAAACCAAGAAGGUUUUAACAUCUCCCAGGAAAAAAGUGGAAGCUAAGCUGAUGGCAAAAUCUUCAAGUGAAUCAGAAGAUGAAACUUUACAGAAUUUAGUUGGAAGAAAAUCAAAAAAGAAUCUUAAGAAGAAAUCCAAAAAAGUAAUCAAAGAUAAAGCAAAAGCGAAAGUUGAGUCUGAGGAGUCUGAUACUCCUGUGCGGCAGUCGCGUAGAAUAGCCCAGAUGAAAAUCAAGGAGGAGGCCGAGAGACGUCACGCUGAAGAGGUGGCGCUCAGAGAAAUGAAAAUGAUACACAACAAAAAGUCAAAAGACGAUGAGGAGGAGUGGAAAGCGAGCGCCGGUAGCAGCUCGGAAGAGGCGCCGCGGCGUGCGCGACGCAAGUGGCGGUCUGACUCCUCCCCGGAACCAGAUUCGGAGUCCGAUGAGCCGUUGUUCGAACAUGAGGAAGCUGAACCUAUCAACGUUACUAAGUCAGACCAUGAAUUCUCACCGGAAUCAGAUCUGGAGAGUGGUGAACCAGCAGAGCCCUUGAAAAGGGUGCGGACAUUGCAAGAAGCGGACGAAGACGGCGCGUGCGUGCGGUGCGGCAGCGGGUCGCAGCCGGAGUGGGUGCUGCUGUGCGACAGCUGCGACGCCGGCUACCACGCCUCCUGCCUCAAGCCCGUGCUGCUGCUGAUACCGGAGGGCGACUGGUUCUGCCCGCCGUGCAGCCACAAAAUGUUGAUAACGGCACUGGAAGAUGAGUUGGUGAAGUAUGACAAGCUGCGAGCGAGUGUUGAAGAAGAGAGGGAACGGAAGAAAUUGGAAGCACCGCCAGAGGAGAAAGCCGGAGAGAAACCGAACACUGAAAAUACUGAAGACAAGAAAUCGGAUGAUGAGUCUGGGUCUGACAGUAGUUCAUGGUCAUCGUCGUCGGGUGGCGUGUACAGGCUGCGCGCGCGCCGCCAGCUGCCCGUGUCCUACCGCUCGCAGGAGUACGACAGACUCAUCAGCUCCGCUAUUAAAGAAGAGUAUGUGGAACCUACAACGAGUGCAGGGAAUCAGGGUAGAGGAAAAGACAUAUCAACUAUAAUAGAGGCCGCUGAAGAAGAGAAAAUGAAGGCCGAGCGAGAAGCAAUUGAACAGGGUAUACCGGUGGAGCCUAAGAAAAUGAGGAAGAAAACAAAAAGAAAGCCAAGGAAACUGAACUCGUUGGAAGUUCCGUCGGAAGACGACGACGAAACAGAUGAAGAUUUUAAAGAUACAGGAAUGGAGUCCUCAUCGGAAGAAAUUUCGUCAUCGGCAGAAAGAGACAGUACCAAUGAUUCCCGAUCAUCAGAUUCCCUGCCUAUACGACGGUCUUGUAGGCCGGAAAAGAAAGAUCGUCAAAGGAUCGUCGAAUCGUCACCAGAAUCUAAGAAAAAGAAGAAAGUGUUCGCGGACAGUUCAAGUGAAUCUGCCGAGGAAAAAAAAGAGAGAAAGAGAAAAUCAAAAUCAAAGCCCAAGAGAUCGCGUCACGACAAGUCGAAGUCAAAAUCAAGAUCAAAGUCGUCAAAGUCACGUCUGACGCAAUACGACGCUGCGGGCAACGUGAUUCGGGCGCGGGUGACGUACGGCGGCCUGAGCGACGAGGGACCCAACGACUGGUCUCCCAAACACCGGACGAGGCAGAAGAAGAUUAAUUACACCGAGAUGCCCAAUACGGAGUCUGAAGAUGAGAUGCACAAGUCGAGCGGCAAGCACAUGGACAGCUCGGACGAGUUCAAGGUGGACGAGUCUUGGGACUCGUCGUCGGGGUCGGAGCGGCGUCGCGGCCGGUCCGGCUCCCGGGAGAAGCGCGCGCUCGAGGACUUGGCACAGAAGACGGCCAUCGUGCCGCUGUGCAAACUGCCGGAGCACGUGACGCAGGCUAAGACGGACGAACUGAGAGCGCAUUUAGAGGCGCAAGCAUCACAGAACGCUGAACAGAGCAACGCGUCGGACACACCAAAGCCGGCUCGCGGUAGAGGCAGCAGGGGCGGCCGCGGCAGCAGGGGCGGACGUGGGCGCGGUCGAGGCGCGGGCGGUGAGGGUGCUACCGGCGACGACGCACUCUCUAAACUUGUCGGCGUCAAGAUCAAAGAACUCAAGCCAGAUGAUGGCCCGCUGAAACCUAAUCAGAUUGAACGGGAAAAGAAGAGGCAGGAAAGAGAAGCAAAGUUAGCGGAAAAGGAGGCAAAGAAGUUGGAACGCUUACAGAAGAAAGAGGAAAAGGAAAAAUUAAAGGAAAUGAAAGCGAAAGAAAGGGAAGAAAAGAGAUUGGCAAAAAUCGCGCUGCAGGAGAGCAAACGGGUUAAGAAGGAGAAACCGGAGUUUGGGAUGUCACCCAUGGGGUACGGUGUCCCGAUUCGAGGGGUAGGACCAGAUAGGAAUUAUAACCCCAACCAAAUGCAACGCGCGCCUAGUGACUUCCCAGACCAGAGAUUCCCGACUACACCUAGACUACAGGUACGUCCUGAACUACGAGGCAUCGCUACAGCUGAAGACCGCCUGCACCGGCCUGACCAACCAAAUGUUCUCAGAGAAGGCACGCUGUCUGUGGCCGGGUCGCCGCAACCGUUCGCGCCCGCGCCGGAAGAGCCCAGCGUCAUCACUCGUAUGCCACACAUGCUACAACAGUACAGAGGUCAAAUGAUGUACUCCCCUGGAAACCCUCCGUACGGCCCUCCUCGAGGUCAGGGGAUGCAGAUGUACCAGAUGCACCAUCCGGGACACCCGCAGAACGUCUCGCGACAUCAAUACCCUCCUCAGUAUUAUUCUCACCUCCAGAGUCUACAGGGAUACAGGCCGGGUGGGCCGCCGCAGUCCUCGUCUCCUAACGGCCCACCGGGUCAGCCGCACGGACCCCCAGGCCAGCACGGCCCCCAUGGCCCCUCGGGCCAGCACGGCCCCCACGGCCCUCCCGGCAUGCACGGGCCCAUGUCUCACGGACAACCUAAUCUAGGUCCCCCCGGUAGUCUACCUCCCGGGCCUCAAGCUCUACUGCAUAGAUCGCAGGGUCCGAGUCCGCACGGCCACAGAAUUCCUUCGCCGCACGGUCCGCCCCGACCGCCCGCGUCCCCCCACAUUCCGCCCUCCUCCUCCCCGCACUCCGCCUCGCCGUACAUGAGGCACAUGGGAGCGCACGGCCCCCCGCCCGGUCCCCACGGCUCGUCCGGGUCUAUGCUCAUGCGACCCUCGGGUCCCUACCCCGGCCGACCCGACUCGCAGGCUCCUCACGGUCUUCACGGCCCUCCGCCUCAUGGACCGCAAGUUCCCUCCCCACAUGGACCUCACGCACCGUCACCUCACGGCCCCCAUGCCCCCUCGCCGCACGGACCUCACGCCCCAUCGCCGCAUGGGCCCCACGCGCCGUCACCUCACGGACCUCACGCCCCGUCACCUCACGGACCUCACGCCCCCUCGCCGCACGGACCUCACGCCCCCUCGCCGCAUGGGCCCCACGCCCCCUCGCCGCACAGGCCUCAUGCGCCCUCGCCGCACGGACCCCACGUUCCCUCUACGCACGGCCCGCACAUGCCUCCAGGCAUGCCGCACGGUGCUCCGCCGCCGCACGGUCCGCCCAACGUGCACGGGCCUCUGCCGUCGUCCCCGCUCGGCCUGCCGCCGGGGCCUCACGGGGCCCCGCCGCGAGGGCCCUCGCCUAGUCUGGCGGCGGGUUCCCGCGCCCCCGGCCCGGCGCCCCCCAUGAAUCUCAUGCAGAGCAGAGUACCGCCCGUCCCGCCGGCGUCGUCUAGCGCCGCCGACUCGAUCCCGCAUCGAACCUCACCACCGGCGAGCAACUCCAAUGCGACUACGGAUUUACCUAUAAAGAUCAAGGCCGAAGUAAAAACGGAACAACCGGAGUACCAGUCGCCGCCGGCGUCGCCGUCGCGGCAGCCGUCCCCGGAGCCGCUUCGGAAUCACCCGAAAAUCAAACGGACCGAGAACAAGGACGGCCGGCUCAGAUUCCCGCUCGGGCCGUACGCGCCGCAGUACGGACCGUACGGCCCGUACGCCCCGGCCGCGGCGCAGCCCCCGGACGCCCUGCUGGACCUCCAGGCGCGGCUCCGGCAUCCCCCCGCGCACAGAAUGCCGCCGAACGUGCACCAGUACAUGCCCCCGAACCUGGGUGAGAGCGCGCCCGGGGACGGCCCCGGUCCCGUGCCCCGGCACCCGGGCCCGGAGCGACCCGGCCUGCAGGACAUCCUACGACCGCAGAUGCCCCCGAACAUGCGCCGGCCGCCGGGUCCCGAAGGCCCGACCGUAGCGGACAUGCUGCGGCCGAGUGCACUCGACCGCCCGGGGAUGCUGGACCUGCAAAGGAUACACAUUCAAGAUAGGGCCAUGUCACAUUGCAUGCCGCGGCCGCCCGGCCCCGGCGCUCCCGCGCAUCCGGCGCCCGCGCAUCGGGUGCCCGGCCCGCAUGCUGGCGCUCACGAAACGCCCGGACCCGCCAGGCCGACGACGCGAGACAUUCCCCGGACGACGCCGGAGAGGCCGACGACGCACGACGCUCCCGAGCCUCGCGCGCAGGAUCGACCCGUAGCCUACGAGUCGCCCGAGCCGCCCGAGCGGGCUCCCGGCCCGGAGCGACCGCGACCGCCGAGCUCCGGCCCGCCCCAGGACGUGCCGAAGAGUAUCGAGACCGACGCACCUCGCCCUUUGCACGAGAUACCGCGGCCGAGCGACGCAGGGCCGCACCCGCCGCACCGGCCGACGCCCGCGCCGGCCGCCGACCUGCCUCCGCACUACCCCUACAUGCGACCGCAGCUGCGGCCAUUCGGGAUGCCGAUACUGCGGCAGCCGGGCCCGAUGAUGCCGCACUUUGGCCACUUUCAGGAGAUGCACAGAAUAGACCGGCCUCCGCCGUUUCAGGCGCGAGAGCCAGCGUCGUCGCCGGUGCCGGACCGACCGCCGACGCCGAACGACGACGUCCCGGAGUCGAUACGGAAGGAGGCGCCGCCGUCGCCGCCCGACGUUAAGCCCCAGUUCCUCAGAGUGCCGGUGCCUGUGAAUAGCGCGAGCGAGCCGAAGCCGGGGUUCGUGAAAUCGGAACCCCCCGGCGAGGCCCCGCGGGAGGGGGGUGGCGUGUUCGGGGGCCUCGUCAGCUACUUCUCGAGCCAGCGCGAGGACGACUUAGACGCGUAGUGCUAACUAGAUGACUUGUAAAUAUAAAAUAGAUAAUUUUAUUUAUACGGCUGUAGCGCCUAGUGACGUACGCUAUGUAUGAUAUUAAAAUAUGAGAAUGAGAUAUUUAGUUUGACAAUGAAGAGUCUUUUUGGUCUCUAAUAAAACGAUGUAUUAUUUUGGUUAUGUUUAAGUGAGAUUUAUUUAUAUACAAAUCGAUAUGAAGUACU